AUGAAGGCAUUCACUGCAGCCCUGCUUUUGACCCUUUUGGUCACGCUGCAGUACUCUUGGGCUGUGAGUCCUAUAGGCUGCGAUGCUGUUGACUCCGUGGCUGAGAAAGCUCUAGACCUGAUCAAUGAAAUACGACGGGAUGGCUACCUUUUCCAGUUGCUGCGGAUCACUGAUGCCCACUUGGACAAAACGGAAUCUACAGCUGUCUAUUAUUUAGUCUUAGAUGUCAAAGAAUCCAACUGUCCGGUGUUAUCCAGGAAACACGGUGGUGAAUGUGAGUCAGAUGUUUCUGGACGUCCAUCUGAUAUAGUGAUCGGACAAUGCAAGGUAAUAGCUGCAACAAGUUUGGAUGAAUCUCAGGAUCUUAAGGAUCUUAGAGUGUAUCACUUUAACUGCACCACAAGUUCUGUCUCUUCGGCACUGGCCAAUACCAAAGACAGCCCCGUAUUCAUCGAUUUCUUUGAGGAUACUGAGCUCUACAAAAAACAAGCUGACAAAGCCCUUGAGAAGUACAAGAGGGAGAAUGAUGAUUUUGCCUCUUUCAGAGUGGACAAAGUGGAGAGAGUAGCCAGAGCGAGAGGAGGGGAAAGAACCAAUUACUAUGUGGACUUCUCUGUGAGGAACUGCUCCAUUCACCAUUUUCCCAGACCCUCUAAGGUCUUUGGUUUCUGCAGAGCAGUUUUGUCCUAUGAGGUAGGAGUCUCUGACUUGGAAACCCCAGAAGACAUUGUCGUCAACUGUGAAGUUUUCAAUUUUGAGGAACAUAGAUACAUCCAUGGUAAACGACCCCAUUUGGGCCAUCCCCCCCACUCUGGUGGGCAUGAGCAUUCUCCUGCUGGCAAGCCUCCAUUUAAGCCAAAUGGAUUCAGGGAUAACCAUCCACAUGAUCUUGGAUGCCCACCUCCUGUUGAAGGCAAAGAUUACUCAGACAGACCACCAGUUCAAGCAGGAGCUCCUCCACUAUUGCCUCCUUCAGGGUCAAAAUGUCAUCACCCCCAUUUUGGCACCAGUGAGACAGAUGGACCUCCUCAUAACCAUGGCGAGCACCCUCCUCAUGGACCCCCUCCCCAUGGACCCCCUCCCCAUGGACAUCCUCCUCAUGGACCCCCUCCCCAUGGACCCCCUCCCCAUGGACCCCCUCCCCAUGGACCCCCUCCCCAUGGACAUCCUCCUCAUGGACCCCCUCCUCAUGGGCCCCCUCCCCAUGGGCCCCCUCCUCAUGGGCCCCCUCCCCAUGGACCCCCUCCCCAUGGACCCCCUCCCCAUGGACCCCCUCCUCAUGGACACCCUCCCCAUGGACACCCUCAUCACGGACACCAUCACCAUGGACACCAUCCCCAUGGCCAUGGUUUCUAUGACCAUGGACCCUGUGACCCACCACCUCACUGGGGCCAUGGCCCCCCACCUAGGCACCCAGAAGGAAGAGGUCCAGGUAAAGGACACUUUCCCUUCCAUUGGAGACAAAUUGGAUAUGUUUACCGACUCCCUCCACUAAAGAAAGGUGAAGUUCUUCCUCUUCCUGAAGCCAAUUUUCCCAGCUUCUCAUUGCCACACCACAAGGAUCCUCUAAAGCCAGAGAUUCAGCCCUUCCUUCAAUCAGCCUCUGAAUCAUGUCCAGGGAAGUUUAAGAGUGAGUUUCUACAAGUCUCAGAGUUUUUUGCAUCUACUAUUCCAAAAUAA